AUGACAGCAACGACUCUAAAAGAGUAUGAGCAUCCUUCAGCCAAUGCUGUAGGACUACUCGAUACCCGCUUCGACGGCCGGCCAUUGGUUCACUUUCGCGGCAUCAAGUAUGCUAGCAUACCGGAACGGUUCGCUGCGCCUGUCUACGAGCAGAGAGUCAAGCAGACGAAGCUAGAUGCUACGAAAUUUGGGCCACGAUGCCCACAGAUCCCCGUCGACGUGCGGGAUCUGAUGCAGAUACCGAAGGACUUGGAGCAGUGGCCGCCGGAGGUGGACGAUGAGUUUGAGUGCUUGAAUUUGAAUAUUACCGUGCCUGAGAAGAUUCAGGGGAAGCUGCCUGUCUUGAUAUGGGUCUAUGGCGGUGCCCAAGUCGUCUCGUUUUCGAGCUCGGCACAUCGCCUGUGCGAAACCGGACCACUCGCCGCCCAAGCCAUAUCCUCCGGCAGGCCAAUCGUCCUCGUAAACCCAAACUACCGCCUCAAUCUCUUCGCCUACGGCGACGGCAAACCCAACAGCGAAAAGAACCUGCACAUCCAAGACCUCCAGCUCGCCGUCCGAUGGACCGUGGACAACAUCGCUGCCUUCGGCGGUGACCCCGCUCGUAUCACCAUCGCUGGCGAAUCCGCUGGCUCUAUCCUGACGCAUGCUCUCUGCUUGACGCUCCCGCCGUCGAUUUCGAUCAGCAGGGCGAUCUUAUGCUCUGGUUCUAUUGGGACAUCGCGGUUUCAGAAGUCGGGGUUCUUCGAGCCGACGCUUGAGAGGGUGUUGAAGGCUGUUCGUGAGGCUGCGGCUGCGCAGAAGGUUGAGAGUGUGGAGGAUUUGACGCUCAAGACGGCGCCGGUGUCGUUGUUGGUCGCUGGUAUGGCUGCGGGGUCGAUGAUGUCGAUUCCGUUGCGGGAGCCGGAUGACUUGGCGGACCUCCCGUCUUUGCUCGGUUCAUUGACGAGGCUGGAGGCGCUUAUGGUGGGGGAUUGUGAGUUUGAGGGUGUGCUGUGGAUGCAUGGUGUUCGUCUGCUCUCGGACGAGGCGCUGAGGGAGUGUUUCCUCGGCAGCUCAGAGCUGGAGGAGGGGGCGGGUGCCUCGUACUCUUCUCGGAAUCAGUGCUUGGCGUCGACGUAUCUUGACUCUCCAUCGUCAAAGGCCUCAGACACGCCAACACUCGGGCUGGGCCAAGCCCAAAGCGGUGCGCUGGACUUCAUGGCGGACUACCUCUUCCACGUGGCCAACCACGACAUCAUCUCCUCGGUGGCAUCCUCGAAUACGAAGGUGUUCAGCUAUGUCUUCGACGAAGCCAAUCCCUUCCCAGAUCCAAAGUCUCCAGCCGGUGUUCCCCGCGCGCAUCAUGGCGUCGAUCUACUCGCGCUGUGGGACAGCUACGCCUCCGAGUAUCCUGUGGAGAAUGACGGAGCGUUCGCGAACGUGAGUAAGGCUUAUCGCGACAAGAUUAUUGCUUUCGUCAAUGGCGAAGAGCCGUGGGACGCUGUGCAGUCAGCCAAAGAUAGCAAGGAAACAUAUGCGUACGCAUUCGGCCCGCGAGGCGCGCACGGCGAGAUCACACAAGACGAGUACGCACAGCGGCGAAGGGUGGAGAAGUGGGCGGUCAUGAAGGACGUCGGGGAUGAGGUGGUUGACGGGGUUUGGCGGAGGCUGAUGAGCGCGGUGGAGAAGGCGAUUAGGGAAACGAUGGCAGCUAUGGCUGCUGCUGCUGCUGCGAAGGGAAAGGUCGGCGUGGAAGGUGCGACGGAUGAUGUUGGGAAGGUAAAGCUUGACGGUGGUGAUGGGAAGGGGAAGCUAUGA